AUGAAGCAGCGAUUCUCGUCAUUGGACGUUAAGGUCAUCUCCCAGGAACUCGCCUCGGAGAUCGUCAAUUUACGAGUAUCGAACAUAUAUGAUCUCUCAUCGAGGAUCUUUUUGUUCAAACUUGCAAAACCAGAUCAUCGCAAGCAGCUCAUCGUCGACUCAGGCUUCCGAUGCCAUGUCACCCAAUAUUCGCGGGCGACGGCUUCCAUGCCAUCGCCCUUUGUGACACGCAUGCGCAAAUUCCUUAGAUCGCGACGUAUCACUUCGGUUAAGCAGAUCGGCACUGAUCGCGUUAUUGACAUCUCAUUCAGCGAUGGCAUGUACCACCUGUUCUUGGAAUUCUUUGCGGGGGGAAACAUCAUUAUCACCGACCGCGAACAUAAUAUUUUGGCUCUAUACCGCCAGGUCUCUGCUAGCGAGGGAGAGGAGGCGAGAGUUGGGAUUCAAUACACAGUGACGAACAAACAGAACUACCACGGGAUCCCGGAAAUUACGUUGGAGAGGAUCAGGGCGACACUGGAGAAGGCGAAAGCGCUAUUUGCGCAUGAGGAUGGAGCACCAAAAAAGUCGAAGAAGAAGAAUGCGGAUGUGUUAAGGAAGGCUCUCUCUCAAGGCUUCCCAGAAUACCCUCCCCUUUUGCUGGACCAUGCUUUUGUGAACAAGGAGGUUGAUCCAACAACACCAUUGGAUAAGGUACUACAGGACGAAAGCCUGCUUCAGGAGGUUAACGGUGUUUUGCAAGAGGCCCAGAAGGAGAAUACGAGACUUUCAACGCAAGAGAGUCACCCUGGUUACAUCGUUGCGAAAGAAGAUAAUCGCAGUGUUUCUCAGGCGACUAGUGAGAAUGAGAAGCCUUCGGAGACAGCCAACCUUCUCUACGAGGAUUUCCACCCAUUCAAGCCUCGGCAGUUUGAAGGGAAACCGGGCAUUAGCAUCCUGGAAUUUCCCUCGUUGAAUGCCACGGUUGACGAAUAUUUCUCUUCGAUCGAGACCCAGAAGCUGGAAUCACGGCUUACAGAGCGCGAGGAGGCAGCGAAGAGAAAGCUUGAUGCAGUGAGACAAGAGCAUGAGAAAAAAAUCGGUGCUCUCAAAGAACAACAAGAGCUACAUAUUCGCAAAGCAAAUGCGGUCGAGGAUAAUGUCUAUCGAGUCCAAGAGGCCAUGGAUGCGGUCAAUGGCUUGAUCGCUCAGGGCAUGGACUGGGUAGAAAUCGCGCGUCUUAUCGAAAUGGAGCAGAGCCGAGGAAACCCUGUGGCAAGAAUUAUCAAACUACCCUUGAAGCUCCAUGAAAACACGAUCACAUUGCUUCUUGGGGAAGCCGGCGACGAACAAGAUGAAGGAGACGAGCUAUUUUCGAGCGACGAGUCUGAGGAAUCCGAGGACGAGCAGGAUAAUGGCGAAAGCCAACAACCUCCGUCGGUAUUGACUAUUGACAUCGAUCUGGGUAUUUCUCCAUGGGCGAAUGCAAAGCAGUACUAUGAGCAGAAGAAACAGGCUGCAGUUAAGGAACAAAGAACAGCCCAGUCAUCUACCAAAGCCCUCAAAAGCCACGAAAAGAAAGUAACGGAAGACCUUAAACGGGGCAUGAAGAAAGAGAAACAAACUCUCCGGCAAACCCGACAACCCUUCUGGUUUGAGAAGUUCCUUUUCUUCAUCUCCUCGGAAGGUUACCUUGUCCUGGGUGGUCGAGACGCUAUGCAGAGCGAGAUGCUCUACCGCCGCCAUCUUAAGAAAGGGGAUAUCUUCGUGCAUGCAGAUUUGGAAGGAGCUAGACCCAUGAUUGUCAAGAAUAGAUCGAAAAACCCUAACGCGCCUAUACCACCAAGCACUCUUUCACAGGCUGGCAAUCUAUGCGUUGCCACAUCGAGUGCAUGGGAUUCCAAAGCUGUCAUGUCUGCAUGGUGGGCCCCGGCUAGUCAGAUAACAAAAACUGCUGAAGCGGGUGGGCUUCUUCCUCUGGGAGAUUUCUCGGUCAAGGGAGAGAAGAACUUCCUUGCCCCGUCGCAACUCGUUCUAGGUUUCGGGGUGACGUUCCAAAUUAGCAAAGACAGCCUGAAAAACCACAAAACUCACUUUGCUGACGAGCCUGAAGCGGCCGAGUCAACCGCAGAGGGUGGUCACGAGCAAGCUGGGGAAAGCACACAGCCCCCUGAGCAACAACAGGAGACAGAAGAAGCUCCUAAACCUUCUGAAGACCCUAAAGAACAAGCUGAAGAGCAAAGCUCGGACUCGGAUAACGAACAAGAUAAUGCCGAUUCACUUCCCGCUCGAAAUCCAUUGCAGCGUGGACCAUCGGAGUCUCCUCAUACUGAGGCCGCACAGGAGGGAGAAAAGGAUACCGGAUCGGAUGGUGAAGGUGUUGCCCAUAAGCCAGAAGAGCAAACGGAUGCGUUGGAUGAGGAAGAAGUAGAGGCAUCUUUAGCAGAUGCACCAGCAGAAGAUGAAAGCAAUCCGGUAGGGGAUGAAAGCGAACACCAGCUCUCCGCAACGGCCAGGCAAUCGCCUCGGAAGGGGAAGUCUCCUGAUUCGCCCGAGGCUAGCCAACAAGCCCCGGGCAAGAACUCAACUACCAAAGCAGCGAACGCAAAACAGGCACCGGCACCUACCCGAGGCAAGAAAGGGAAAGCCAAGAAAGCGGCGACCAAGUACGCUGAUCAGGAUGAUGAAGAUCGUGAACUUGCUCUCCGUUUGCUUGGGGCCAACAAAGGCAAAGCUAGUAAGGCUGCUGCGGCCGCUGAAGCUAAGGCAAAUCGCGAGAAAGAAGCCGAGGCACAGAGGAAGCGUCGUCAGGCGCAGCAUGAGCGUGCUGCAGAAGCCGAACGCAGACGACAGGCUUUACUUGAGGAAGGUGGUGAUGAUUACGACGAAGAAACGGCUGCCGCGGAGGCAGCAGACCUUGAGUGGAUCCCAGCAUUGAUUGGGAUGCCUCGUCCUGAGGACGAGAUCCUUGCAGCCAUUCCAGUCUGUGCUCCCUGGUCAGCAUUGAGUCGAUACAGAUACAAGGUCAAACUGCAGCCAGGUGCGGUGAAGAAGGGCAAGGCUGUCAAGGAGAUACUCGGACGAUGGGUGGCUGAGACCACCACCGGAAAGGUUAAGAAGGAAUAUGCUGAAGAAGCUGGCAUCAGUCUUGCUGAUGCAGAGAAACUCCGGGCUCGGGAAGGUGAUUUGAUCAAGGCAUGGAAAGAGACCGAGAUCAUCAACAGCGUUCCUGUUGGGAAGGUGCGAAUUAUGCUUGGAGCCGGCGGUGGUGGAGGAGGCGAUGGCAAAGGAAAAGGAAAAGGUGGUGGCAGUGCGAAGCUGGUUUCCUUCGUCUCUCGCCUUGUCGCUGGCGGCUGUCCGCGCAGCUUUACGAGGUUUUUGAGCACUACCACCACCAUGUCUUCCAAGGAGAAAACUCGGAUCUUGUCGGUCCGUCGAUUGAAUAAAGAAGGCCCCGGGAAUAAAUCCCUUGCAGAGUGGUGGGAUAGUGAGCGCAGCAAUAAAACACCAGAAGCUGCCGCAAUUGAGGAGGCUGCUCAACUCCUUCGGACGAGCAAUAUUCCUGUUGCGUUUCCUACAGAGACAGUGUACGGACUUGGAGCCGAUGCGACACGAAGCGAUGCGGUGCAAGGGAUCUACAAGGCCAAGCAAAGACCAUCGGACAAUCCGUUAAUUGUGCAUAUCGACUCCCUCGAAAUGUUGGAACGGCUACUCAACCCGCAGGAAUCGGGUUCUAUGAGCGCAUCCGAUAGCGCAAGAAACUCAAUUCCUUCCGUCUAUCAAUCCUUGAUUGCCCGUUUCUGGCCAGGUCCUCUUACAAUUCUUCUUCCGAACCCAUCUGGGUCACUUCUGGCGAAGGAAGUUACUUCUAAAUUGACGACGUUUGGGGCGCGCAUGCCUUCUUCGCCGCUUGCACGGCUGUUGAUCCAUGUUGCGGACCGGCCGCUGGCGGCACCCUCGGCGAACGCAUCGACCAAACCAUCCCCGACAGCGGCGGAGCAUGUGUAUCAUGAUCUCCAGGGCCGUAUUGAGCUAAUCAUUGAUGGUGGCUCAUGCGGUGUGGGCGUUGAGAGCACCGUGGUUGAUGGUCUGUGUGACCCUCCUGCCAUUCUGCGACCAGGCGGUAUUGGCAUUGAAGAGAUCCGGGCAUGUGUGGGAUGGGAAAAUGUACAACUUGGAUACCAUGAUGGUACUCUUGACGUUAAGGAGAUCCCUCGGGCACCGGGUAUGAAAUACAGACACUAUUCUCCCAAGGCACGUGUGGUACUUUUCGAAGCUGGCUCCAAGGAGCUGUCUGUCACCAAGCAUAUCCGCAAGGACCUGGAAGAUACGGCGAUUGGGGCACAUAUGAUUGGUAUUGUACGAACGAAGCACUGGAAGCGGGGUCUCGGAUUAUUAUCUGAUGAAGAGAUCGAGAAAACCCUCAAGCCCCUUCCGUCAUUGAUUGACGGACUUGCAGGAUUCUCUGUUCCCAUCAAGGGCAACUCCGGUCGUAGUCCCGCAUUCAAGGAGGCUUUUGAUUGUCAUCUCGGGCCAGACGUCGAGUCCAUUGCGCGCGGGCUAUUUGCAGCGCUGCGGGCCAUGGAUGAAAUGGAGGUGGAUGUCAUCUAUGUAGAGGGGAUCUCGGAUCAGCAAGGCGAUCGCGCAGCUGCCGUCAUGAAUCGUCUCCGUAAAGCUGCGGGGGCAGAAUUGCGAGUCUAA